CGCCCUGGCCUGCUCUCUGGCACCGCCUGUACAGUUUGGUUGCUGAGUCUUUGAGAGAAGGAGAUCCAUGCAAGAAAUCCCUACAGUGGGCUUGGGUACCUGGAAGGCCUUUCCAGGAGAAGUGACCGAUGCCGUUAAGGUGGCAAUCAACCUGGGCUACCGGCACUUUGAUUGUGCUUACUUUUACCACAAUGAGAGCGAAGUUGGACUGGGAAUCAAUGAGAAGAUCAGGGAGGGCGUGGUGAGGAGAGAUGAGCUGUUUGUCGUCAGUAAGCUGUGGUGCACCUACCACAAGAAGUCUUUGGUGAAAACAGCAUGUAUCAAUACCCUGGCGGCCUUAAACUUGGAUUACCUGGACCUCUACCUCAUGCACUGGCCCAUGGGUUUCAAGCCUGGAGAAAAAGAUAUCCCUUUGGAUCGAAGUGGCAAGGUCAUACCCAGUCACACCAGCUUUCUGGACACUUGGCAGGCCAUGGAAGAUCUGGUGAUUCAGGGUCUGGUGAAGAACAUUGGGGUGUCCAACUUUAACCAUGAACAGCUUGAGAGACUUUUGAAUAAGCCUGGUUUGAGACUCAGGCCAAUAACGAACCAAAUUGAAUGCCACCCAUAUCUUAAUCAAAAGAACCUGAUUGAUUUUUGUCAUGAAAGAAAUGUGUCCGUGACUGCUUACCGUCCCCUCGGUGGCUCAAGAGAUGGGGUUCACUUAAUGGAUGAUAUGGUCGUUCGGAAGAUUGCAAAGAGGCUUGGGAAGUCUCCUGCUCAGAUUUUGAUCCGAUUUCAGAUCCAAAGGAAUGUGAUAGUGAUUCCUAAAUCUGUCAACCCAAGUCGGAUUAGAGAGAAUAUCCAGGUAUUUGAUUUUGAAUUAACUGAGAAAGAUAUGGAGGAACUCCUCAGCCUCGACAAGAACCUCCGCUUGGCCACAUUCCCCACAACUGAAAAUCACAAGGACUAUCCUUUCCACAUAGAGUACUGAAGGCAGCUUCACUGGCCGUCAUCUGUGCUCAGCAAAAACAGAUCACCAAGGUCGGCAGCAUUGAUCCAGCCCUGCAGAGGCUGUGUGGUCCCUGUGUGGCCACAGCACUACACGCAUCCACAGCCAAGAAUGACAACAGAGUCGGAACAAGGAAAAUCCUACUUAGAACAAGACCAGUUCAGAGAAAAAUAAAGAUCUAGGGAUGAGAAAGGGAAGUACCACAAGGGAUAUGCCUGCUUCCAAGUUGUUAGGGAUAGCCAAGCGCAGAGAAUAAUGUAAUUUAUAUCAGUUAGUCCUAGUCUUUAUGGCUUCUAUUUUCAGAAGUGAGAUGCUGAUUGCUCACGAAUUAAAAUUAUCUUCACCUUUUAAGAAAACUUGCUUGACAGAAGUGUUUGACUAACGUGUAAGAUUUGAGAUGUUAAUACAAUUAAUUAAUAUCCAUGACUUGGGUUCAAUAACCACCAGCCUGAGGCCAAUUGUGUGCUCUGCCCUCCCAGAAUUUUCUAGAUGAUUUCAAAGCAAAAUCUUCCUGCACUUAAGAAUAAAAGGCCAUCAAGCUGAGGCCCCAGCUCAGACAAAA